UUUCAAUUUCGAAGACUUUUAGUUUCAAUUUCUUGCUCGUCACGAUGGCUAUCCGAUAAGGAUUAUUAUAAAUGAGGGGCAUCGAUCACCACCAAGAAGCAUUUCUAAUUCAUCUCAAUUUUCACUUACAUCUCUCUCCAAAAUCUGUCUUACGAAGAAAAGAAAAAAAAUGUCUAAAGCAUCAUCAUCAGCAACAGCAGAAGAAAAAGAAGAACCAAUCAUCAAGGUGUAUGGCUGGGCAGCAAGAGAUUCCUCUGGAAUUCUCUCCCCCUUUCACUUCUCUAGGAGGAUUAAUGGUGAUAACGACAUCACCAUAAAGAUAAUCUAUUGUGGAAUUUGCCACACAGACCUUGCCCUCCUUAAAGAUGAGUCAGGAAUCACCAACUAUCCAAUUGUCCCCGGGCAUGAGAUUGUAGGUGAAGUGACAAAGGUUGGGAGCAGUGUAAAAAAAUUCAAAAUAGGAGAUAAAGCAGGCGUGGGGUGCAUGGUGGGAUCAUGCGGUUCAUGCAACAAUUGCAAACAGGACUUAGAAAAUUAUUGCCCCAAAAUGAUAUGGACCUACAUUGGGUACAAUCACCAAGAUGGCUUGAAAACAUUUGGUGGGUAUUCAGAUAAGUUUGUUGUGGAUGAGCAUUUUGCAGUGUUAGUCCCAAAUAAUCUACAACUGGACGGAGCUGCCCCACUACUCUGUGCAGGAAUCACAAUUUACAGCCCCAUGAUGCACUUUGGACUCAACAACCCCGAUCAGCAUUUAGGGGUGGUGGGGCUGGGUGGCCUGGGUCAUGUGGCCGUGAAAUUUGCCAAAGCUUUAGGAAUGAAGGUCACUGUAAUAAGCAGCUCCCCAAACAAGCACAAGGAAGCAUUGGAACGCCUCGGUGCUGAUCACUUUUUGGUCACGAGUCAUGAGGACCAAAAGCAACUAUUGCAGGCUGCUAUGGGCACAAUGGACGGUAUCCUCGACACUGUUUCAGCCCCUCACCCUCUCCUGCCAUUGGUUAAUUUGUUGAAGACCGAUGGAAAACUAAUAUUGCUUGGUGCUCCAAGUCAGCCUCCUGAGCUACCACAUAUUCCAUUAAUGAUUGGUAGAAAAAUUGUUGGGGGUAGCGCAAUUGGGGGAAUGAAAGAAACCCAAGAGAUGAUGAAUUUUGCAGCAAAGCACCAGAUCACGGCAGAUGUCGAAGUUAUUCCUAUGGACUACGUUAAUACUGCCAUGGAAAGACUUGCCAAAGGAGAUGUCAAGUACAGGUUUGUCAUUGAUGUGGCUAACACAUUAAAUCCUGAUCCGCUUUCAUGAUUUGAUUAUAGAAAUUAAUGAUCAGAGUCUAUCUUGGCUGCUGGCCUGAUCAGCAAUGAGUUUUAAAUUGUGGUGAUCUCGAUCGUUACAAUUAAUAAUUAGUGUUUGGAUUCGUGCA